AUGCAGGCAACCAGCACAGGGCCGCGGCUCCGGCGGCUGGCAUUCGGGAGCGGCGCCGCUCUCCUCCUCCUGCUCCUCGUCGCCAGCGUAACAUCCUCCUCCUCCCGGCGGCCGCAUUCAAUGUUCUUUGGCCUCAGCAGCAGCUUCUGCAGCGCCACGCCCAGCAAAGUCUCCAGCCCCCUCCGGUGGGCAGAGCCCAGCACUGAGAAUGACCGCGCCGCAACCGCGGAUCGAAUCUGCUGCAGAAACCACGAUUAUGCCGAGUGGUCCGGGAGCUGGACGGUGAGCAGCUUCCCGAAGCGCCUCGCGGCCGGCGAGACCAUCACCUUUUACGACGUGGCCUCGCAUCUGCCUCUAUAUCGCGCUCCGAUCGGCCGCACCUUUGACGAGUUUUUCGACGAGUCGAAGGCGCACGGCUGGCCUUCGUUCCGCGACCAGGAGGUCAUCUGGGAGAACGUAGUGGUCAAAUCUGGUGGGGAGGUGGUGAGCGGGAACGGGACGCACCUUGGCCACAACCUGCCGGAUCGCAAAGGCAAUCGGCAUUGCAUCAACCUGGUCUGCGUUUCCGGCCCUCCGCCAACGUGA